AUGGCCGAGGAUGCAAGACAAAAGACGGUCGUGGUGGGCGCUGGCCCUGUCGGCUCAUUGGCCGCUCUCUAUGCCGCACAACGGGGACACGAAGUCGAGGUGUACGAGCUUCGAAACGACUUGCGCGACCCGUCCACGACACCGCUCAACUUUACAAAAUCCAUCAACCUCGCCCUGUCCACACGCGGCAUCACAGCUCUUGAGAAGUCGGGCAACGCCACGCUGCUUGAGCAUGUCUUUGACGCCACCAUCCCUAUGAGGGGACGCAUGAUCCACGGCAAGACGCCGUCGGGCGAUCUGUAUGAAGCGGCACAGGACUACGAUGCUCAUGGCCGGACCAUUUUUGCCAUCGACCGUGCUGGCCUCAACGGCCGUCUGCUGGACAUCCUGGAGAAGCUGCCCAACGUCAAGAUCUUCUUCAACCACAAGUUGACCGGCGCCGACUUCCGCAACCGCAAGGCUUGGUUCGAGCUGCAAGACGGGUCCAAGGACGGGCCGAACAAGAAGACAGGCCGGGCCCGUGAGAUUGAGAUCGACUUUGAUUUUAUGAUUGGCGCCGACGGCGCCCACUCGCCCGUCCGGUACCACCUUAUGAAGUACGUCAUGAUGGACUACCAGCAGCACUACAUCGACACGCUGUGGUGUGAGUUCCAGAUCAAGGCCAAGGCAGUGGACGCCGACACACAAGACAGCGAAGCAGACGCAGACGCCGCGUUCCGGGCCAAGUUCCGCAUCUCGCCCAACCACCUCCACAUAUGGCCCGGCAAGGACUUCAUGUUCAUUGCCAUCCCCAGCGACGACGGCUCCUUUACGUGCACGCUUUUCAUGCCUGCUGCCGAGUUUGCCCAGCUCGAGGCCGUGCCCGCCACCGACGACCAGACGCUGCCGGCAUUCUUCGACCAGCACUUCCCCGGCGUCACCCAGCUCAUCCCGCCCGCCGACCUGGUCGCCUCGUUCCGCCGCAACCCCCACCUGCCGCUCAUCAGCAUCAAAUGCAAGCCGCAGCACUUCCAGGCCUCGGCCGUCAUCGUCGGCGACGCCGCCCACGCCAUGGUCCCCUUUUACGGGCAGGGCAUGAACGCCGGCCUCGAGGACGUGCGCGUCCUCUUUGGCUUGCUCGACAAGUACGCCGACACCGAGUCCAACAACCCGUCGGGCGACAACGACACGAGCGGCGCCUCUACCGACGCCCGCCGCGCCCUCGCCCUCGCCGAGUACUCGGCCUUGCGCGUCCCCGACGCCUUUGCCAUCAACGACCUCGCCCUCCACAACUACACCGAGAUGCGCGCCUCCGUGCUCAGUCCUACCUACCGCCUGCGCAAGUUUCUCGAGGAGCAGCUGUCGGUGCACGUCCCCUGGCUGGGCUGGCACACCAAGUACGCCCGCGUGUCCUUUGGCAACGAGCGCUACAGCGAGGUCGUGCGCCGCAGCGAGUUCCAGGGCCGCGUGCUGCUGGGUGGUUUAAUCGGUCUUGUCGGUCUUGUUGGCGUACCAGCCUUGACAGGGCUUGUGUUGCUCCUAAACGGCCGGCGCCACGGCGGUGGCAGUUCUUUUGGCCGAUAUCUUCAUCUUGUGACCAGUCACGUCGGGUACCUCGGUCACUGGGUGGCCAAUGGUUUUCGGCGGUAA